GUGCGUAGGGACUUCCGGAGCGCGACCGGAACCGGAAGCAUCUGGGAGCGAGGGGGUGGGGCCGAAAAUCAAAAAAAGCGCGGCGAAAGCUGGAGGCCCGAGCUGGCCCCGUGGUGGUGCGCCCCUGGUGGGGCUGUGGCGGGGCCGGAUGGACUCCACCGCAUGCUUGAAGUCCUUGCUCCUGACCAUCAGUCAGUAUAAAGCCGUUAAGUCGGAGGCGAACGCCACCCAGCUUUUGCGGCACUUGGAGGUUAUUUCUGGACAGAAGCUCACCCGAUUAUUUACAUCAAAUCAGAUAUUACCGAGUGAAUGCUUGAGUUGCCUCGUGGAGCUACUUGAAGACCCAGGCAUAAGUGCUCCACUGAUCUUAAGUAUCAUCAGUUUGCUCUCUCAACUAGCCGUAGACAAUGAAACCAGAGACUGUCUUCAGAAUACAUACAAUCUGAAUAGUGUUCUGGCAGGAGUGGUUUGUCGGAGCAGCACUUGCCACGAUGAUUCAGUGUUUUUGCAGUGCAUUCAACUUCUGCAGAGGUUAACAUAUAACGUCAAAAUUUUCCAUUCUGGUGCCAAUAUAGAUGAAUUAAUUACAUUCCUGAUAGAUCAUAUUCAGUCUUCUGAAGAUGAGUUAACAAUGCCUUGUCUGGGAUUAUUGGCAAAUCUUUGUCGACACAAUCUUUCUGUUCAAACACACAUAAAGACUUUGAAUAAUGUGAAAUCUUUUUAUCGAACUCUCAUAAGCUUCUUGGCCCAUAGUAGCUUAACUGUGGUUGUGUUUGCACUUUCAAUAUUAUCCAGUUUGACAUUAAAUGAAGAGGUUGGGGAAAAGCUGUUCCAUGCUCGAAACAUUCAUCAGACUUUUCAGCUAAUAUUUAAUAUCCUCAUAAAUGGUGAUGGCACGCUAACUAGAAAGUAUUCAGUUGAUCUGCUGAUGGAUCUCCUUAAGAAUCCUAAAAUUGCUGAUUAUCUUACCAGGUAUGAGCACUUUUCUUCGUGUCUUAAUCAAGUAUUAGCUCUUCUUAAUGGAAAAGAUCCUGAUUCUUCUUCAAAGGUUUUAGAAUUACUUCUUGCGUUCUGUUCAGUGACUCAGCUGCGCCAUGUGCUCACUCAGAUGAUAUUUGAACAGUCUCCAUCUGGCAACACCACUCUAACAAGCCGUUCUAAAUGUUUAGAACCUACUGUAGCUCUACUUCGUUGGUCAAGCCAGCCUUUGGAUGGAUCAGAAAACUGUUCCAUUUUAGCGUUGGAGUUGUUCAAGGAAAUAUUUGAGGAUGUCAUAGAUACUGCUAACUCUUCCUCAGCUGACCGUUUUGUGAUCAUUCUGCUGCCUACAAUCCUUGAUCAGCUUCAGUUCACAGAACAAAAUCUAGAUGAGGCCUUAAUAAGAAAAAAAUGUGAAAGGAUGGUCAAGGCCAUUGAAGUUUUGUUAACUCUGUGUGGCGAUGAUACUCUAAGAAUACAUGUUGCAAAAAUUCUGACGACUAUCAAAUGUACCACUCUGAUAGAACAACAGUUUACAUAUGGAAAGAUUGAUCUGGGAUUUGGAACAAAGGUAGCAGAUUCUGAAUUGUGCAAACUUGCUGCUGACGUAAUUUUGAAAACCCUUGAUUUGAUGAAUAAGCUUAAGCAGUUGAUUCCUGGUAUGGAAGUAAGCUUCUACAAAAUCCUGCAGGAUCCACGCCUGAUUACUCCCUUGGCCUUCGCUUUAACAUCAGAUAAUAGAGAGCAAGUACAGUCUGGACUGGGAAUAUUAUUGGAAGCUGCUCCACUGCCAGAUUUUCCUGCUUUGGUUCUUGGAGAAAGUAUAGCAGCAAACAAUUCCUAUAGACAACAGGAAACAGAACAUAUGCCCAGAAGAAAUCCUCUGCAAUCAUUAAAUCACAGUUUUCCAACAUCAGUAAAAUGUUUAACUCCCCCACUUUUGAAAGAGAGAGUUCCAGGAUUGAAUAUUGAGGAAUUAAUAGAGAAACUUCAGUCUGGAGUGGUGGUAAAGGAUCAGAUUAAUGAUGUGAGAAUAUCUGACAUAAUGGAUGUAUAUGAGAUGAAACUGUCCACAUUAGCCUCCAAAGAAAGCAGGCUGCAAGAUCUUUUGGAAGCAAAAGCUCUGGCGCUUGCACAGGCUGAUAGACUGAUCGCUCAGUAUCGCUGUCAGAGAACUCAAGCUGAGACAGAGGCACGGACACUUGCUGCUAUGUUGAGAGAAGUUGAGAGAAAAAAUGAAGAGCUUGGUGUGUUGCUGAAGUCACAGCAGAUUGAAUCAGAAAGAGCCCAGAGUGAUAUUGAGCAUCUCUUUCAACAUAACAGGAAGUUAGAGUCUGUGGCUGAAGAACAUGAAAUACUGACAAAAUCCUACAUGGAACUCCUUCAGAGGAGUGAAACUACUGAAAGGAAAAAUAAAGAUUUACAGAUCACAUGUGAUUCUCUGAAUAAACAAAUUGAGACAGUGAAAAAGUUGAAUGAGUCACUCAAGCAACAAAAUGAAAAAACAAUUGCCCAACUAAUAGAGAAAGAAGAGCAGAGAAAGGAAGUGCAGAACCAACUAGUAGACAGAGAAUGUAAGCUAGCAAACUUGCAACAAAAAACCAAAGUACAAGAAGAAAAGAUUAAAGCCUUACAAAAAGAAAAGGAAGAUAAGGAAGAAACCAUUGACCUCCUUAGAAAAGAAUUAAACAGAACGGAACAGAUAAGAAAAGAAUUGAGCAUUAAGGCUUCCUCUCUAGAAGUUCAGAAGGCCCAAUUAGAAGGUCGUUUGGAAGAGAAAGAGUCGCUGGUGAAACUUCAGCAAGAGGAGUUGAACAAACACUCUCAUAUGAUAGCAAUGAUCCACAGCUUAAGUGGCGGGAAAAUAAGUCCAGAAACUGUGAAUCUCAGUAUAUAGACAUUACGUAUUUAUCUACUGGGGGAGGUGGGUUGGGAAGGUAAUUUGUGACUCUAAAACAAUAGCAAGUUAUUAUCUAAUUAUUAAUUUAGUAAAAAACCUAAUCUGAUACAUGUUUUUAUUUGGCCUUAAAGUUUUACUUCCUGUUUCUGGCUUUUAUUGCUUAAAGCUUUCUUUGGUUCUUACAUUAAAAUAUUCUUCUUAACCUUCAUUCUUAUUUCUUUUAAGAUAUUUUCCUUUUCCUUAGUUGCUUUCCAAUCUUCGGCUUGUUUAAUUUAUUCUCAUUUGUAAUUAUUUAGAUUUUAAAAUCAAACUUUCUUGAUAUAGCAAUCCUAAAAAUUAAUAAGUUGAAAAUUCACUUACUAGUAAAAGAGAAGGUGUGAUGUUAUCAGAGAAAUUUUUCUCUAAAGUAGCACAAGAGAAGGUAUCAGUGAACUUAACUGUAUUCCUGCAUUUAAACUGCAGCAAGAUAAAUGGCAGAAGUUCUAAAUAUGAAAAGAAUGCAAUUAGUUAUAGAAAUAAUGUAUAAAAUUAGAAAAUAGCUGAUGUGUUAAAUGACUGCAUAAAAAACUAUAAAAACUUGUAGAAUUAUUUAUAAGCCUAGCUUUAGUUUUUCUUUUUUUAAAAUGUUGCAUGUUGACCCACCCAUAUAAUUUUCAAUUAGGAAUUUCUUAUGAUUUUACAUAAGGAUCACUUGGAUUCUGCCCUUGCUUCAGAAAUUUAUUAUUUUCUGUUAAUUCUGAUAUAAAUUGCUUUUAAUGUUUGUCUUUGAUUUAAAUAGUUUUUAAUUUGGCCAUUUAAUUUUAAAGCGUAGUUUAAAUAUCUUUAUUCAUCUAUUUCUUUAUUACAAGGGAAUUUUUCAUUAUUCUUCGUGUGAAUCACAUGUUGUAAGUAGUGUUUAAACAGUUUUUAUAUCAAUAUUUUGGUUGAUUUUAUUGCUAUACUAUUACAACCAUUAAUUUUACUUGGUAUUUUCUUUACUAUUUCUAUCUCUAUUUAACUUGCAUGAUCUUAGGUUUCUUCUAUUUUCAACCAUGGUAUAUCUGAUUUAUGUUUAGAAAUUAAAUAUAUUUUUGUAAUUCACCAAUUACAUUAAAUAAUA